AAUGGAUUUAACCUUUCCAUCGAUGGUAGCUAGCUGCUAUUGUGUUAGUGAAUGAUUACAUGAUGAAUGCACAACAUUGCUUGGCCAUUAUAUCGAGCUGUAGAACAAAGCACUUGAACCCGUGUGGUCUUGUGUUUACCUGUAAAUGGAUGGGCAGGAGAAGAUGCCAACUUGGUGAGUAUCUUCAUACACCAUUGUUCAAAUUCAGUCACACAGGGAGUUCUUAGAGCUGGAUGAUGCAUGUUCGUGCGAAGAGCUUUGUUAAGAUGCUGCCCUGAAACCUGUGACCCGCAAAUCUGAAGAUGGUCUGGUCUAUGAGAUCUCUUUGGUCCGGUGAACACUGAACAGUGGUUCUUGAGAAGGAGGUGAUACACUUGGUGACUUUGAUGCUCUUCCAGUUUCCAACCAUACAAUAGUGAUUGCCCGUGACUGGUGAUAAGUAGACUAUAACCCCAUCAGGUGUUAGUUGGUGUCCAAGUGUUCGCCUGGAUGGUUUGUCCUACAUAAGUAAUCUGUUGCUGCAUCUGUUUGAGGAUAAGGUUCACCAGUGUACUAUCCAGGAGAGAGGUAUUUCUUCAAGGUGCCUAGUUCUACCACCUGGCGUUAGCGGUAAGAUUGCUUCUUCAUCCUCUCCUCUCUCUAAUCCUGCCUGCGAGGGCUCCCUUCUAAAACAAGAUGGAUUCCUGCUUGGAGUAUGUCCUCUCCCUCUGCAGCUGCUGUGGAUGUUACAGCAAAUACCGUCACUUUGACGACGACCUCUAUGAACCCUUGCUGUUGGAUACUGAGAGGGAAGCAGUCAAAGAUCUUCUGCAUUAUCUCAACAGAGAAUAUGAGGAGAAGCCUACCAUCUCUGAGGAGCGUUUAGAAGCUCUGUGUACGUUGACUUAUUCAGAGAAUGCAGACUUGCAGAGAUCGGCAGCACUAUGCCUAGCAGAGAUCAGUGAGAGAUUAAUGCAGCCGAUAUCAGCCAAAGUGAUGGAGCCCAUUCUUGUCUUGAUGGAGUCAAGUGAUGUUGAGACGCAGAAAGCCGCUUCUCUUGCACUCAGUAACUUUGCUCUCUGUGGACAUGAGAGCAACAAGAGUGUGAUCGUGAAGUGUGGCGCCCUCCCGGUACUGAUCAAGCUUCUGUCAUCAAACAAUGUAGAGAUCCAGUGCAAUGCUUGUGGAUGCAUCACUACUCUCGCUACCUCAAAUACCAACAAAAUGGCAAUUGUUUCAUGUAAUGGUGUUCCUCCACUGAUGGCUCUGACCACAUCACCAGACAUCAGGGUACAGCGCAACGCUGCAGGAGCAUUACUUAAUCUCACUCACAUAGAUUCCAACAGGACGGUGUUAGUGAGCCUGGGAGCCGUCACCACCUUCCUAACAUUGCUUCAGUCGCGGGACACCGACAUCCAAUACUACUGCGCAGCGGCACUCAGUAACCUGGCCGUGGAUGAAAAGCAUCGUGUUGCCGUGGUGAAGGAGGGUAACCAUCAGGUCAUCAAGAUGCUGAUCAGUCUGUUAAGCUCACCUGCUGAUAAGGUGAAAUGCCAAGCUUGCUUUGCCCUCAGAAACCUGGCCUCAGACGAUGAGAAUCAGGUUGCCAUAGUAACCUUAGGAGGACUCCCUCAUCUUCAUGCCAUCAUGAGGGAUAGCUCCAAGGAGACCCUGUCUGCUGCCAUCGCUGCUCUACGUAACCUCUCCAUACACAGACUCAAUGAGAUCCCAAUUGUUGAAGAGGGGUUCUUAGAGGAGAUAACAACCAUCCUAAGACGGCCCAUGAUGUGGGAUGCACACUGCCAUGCCGCAGGGACGUUACGCAACCUAGCUGCUGGCAGUAAGACCAGGAUGAUCUUGAGCUCUGGUGCCCUCGAUGGGUUAAUAUCAGUGUUCCUGGAGUCCACCUCACCCGUCGCCGUCCAGACUGAAGUGACCGCUGCACUGGCCAUCAUAGCUGGCAAUGAUGAAGCCAAGCAGAUGUUGCUCCAUAUUGGUGAGGGGCGUGUGUUCAGCCGGUUGAUAUCCCUUGCGUCCUGCUCACCUAGUAGGGAAGUGCAGUACAACAGUGCAGGCACCAUUGGACAACUUGCUCUAUUCAGUCUGCAGUCUGAGCUCAUCACUAUCAAUAUCUCCAACAUUCAUAAGUAUCUCACUCGCUUCCUCAGGAGUUCAGAUUCUAACUUCAUCCACAUUGCGCUCUGGACAAUUGUUCAUCUUCUCAAAGCGGAAGCAUUCAGGACAGCAUUUGGCGAGUCAUCAUUGCCCAGAUUGGUGGACACCAUUCUGACCUCAUCUCACCCUGAACAGCUCAAGCAGCUUGCACAGACUGUCCUGGACAACAUGGGUUAAUCACCCGUCUCUUUGGAGUGUGACCCCAUCUUUAACAUGGGUUACCAUAAGGAGUGAUAUGAACUCAUCUUCGAGAGUGAGGUAACAGUCUUCUGUGAAGGGUGUGUUUGUGCCUGGUGCAUGAACACAUCUUAAGUCAAGUGUCUCACAGACUAUAUGAGGAUCAUGGUUGGUAUUGAUACACCAGUCUGUAUUAAAGUGAUGAUGAAGAUGUGACAUUCUCUGUUCACAAAGACGACAAGAGGAUGUUGUGCCAGGUGCUAUGAUGAGAAAGAACACUAAAUCACCUGGAUGACAACUCCCAAUGUCUAACCUCUUGAGACCACUGAGUAUCUUUACAAAGGGAGUUCUAUUGACACAUGAUCAAAGAACUGUGCAGGAAAAUGUAAGUUCUACAUUUGGAUUUGCAAGUCAAAGAGGCAAUAUGCUACAGAAACACUGACCUACCAGUGAUUAAGCAGUGGAUUGAAUUGUGAUGCUGCUUCAUGUUACAAAUAUUUCGGGGAAGAGUGGUGUCAUGGUUUAUUAUUUAUACUUAACUCUUUGAAUCAUGAAUUGUCCAUAGUAUUGGAUUACCAGUCAAAUGGAUUGUAUGUAACCAUGUUGAUAUGUUACUUGCAUACUUUUGAUAAAUCUAGACUCUUGUUGUUUGCUGGGAAGCAGAAGGAUAUUAAGUCAUAUCCUUCAACAUUGGAGUUAUGCCCCUCUAGCUGUCUUGUCUUCAGACUAUUUAUACAUCAUUAAAACCUUAUAAACUAGAUACCUUAUUAAGGCGUUAGUUCAAGAAGUAAUGUACCUAGCUGUGAAAUAUGAACCCCACCUUAUACCCAAGGUUUGUUGUUAUUGCUACUUUUUGUUAUUUUUAUACAUAUGAUGGAGUACGUAAUCACAGAUUGAAUUUUUGCAUAGAUGUAAAUCAGUAGCGAGAUGUCUUGAUCUGUGGCUUGUACUCAUCGUACAAAUUUUUUUUUUCUUUUGCUGUUGUUUUGUUGUGUGGUUUUUCCCUUUCUUAAUAAUUCAUAAUAAUAAUUCCCUUUCAUAGAGAUGUAGAUUACCGCUUGUGUGGGAGUAUACCAUUAUUGAGGAUACUUGAUGUAGAAACUCCGCAUAUGUUAUUUUUAUUUCAUUGGAAAUGGAAUAUCACUGAAAAUGCAUGUUGUAUUUUGAUAUUAUAGGUUUUUUUUAAAUUAUUUUCAGAAUUUACAUACAUUAUUCAAAACAUGAAGUCCUAUAACAUUCCAUAGGCACUGUACAUUUCCAUGCAGAAACAGAUUGGACCAAAGAGACGUGGUGUGUUCAAAAUGAGAUCCAUUUCACAUGCAAGGAACCUUUUUACAAGGACCAAGAUGGAGGGGGAGGAGGUGGCAAUUUCAAUCCCUUAUGGAAGAUAAGAUUUAUCACAUUUAUGUUUUUUUUUGGUUUGCGGAACACCCCAUUUAUUUGAGGGGGAGGGAAACAAAUAUAUCAAUAGAUAUGGAUUCUGUAAGGCCAUUUUCACUCAGCUGGAACCAAGAGAAAAUGAUUUUCUGCUGAUAUUUGGUUCGCUUGUAGAUCAUACCAUAACCUGGAGUUUUUUUUAAUUUUUCCUACCCUAAACUGGAUACCAUUUUUUUUUUUGGUAUGAUAUAGACUGAUAUCAUAAAGACAGUGAAAUUAUAUAAAUAUAUAUUUUUUUUUGUUUUUCAUUUGUGACACUUGAAAGGCAUUGAAUAUAUUCACCCUUGCAAACGGCCAGUUUAGUGCUUUCACAUUAUGUGGCAAUAUGCUCUUGUCCUUAUUCAUUCCAUACUGUUGGAUGCGUUACCUGUAUAAUUGAUAGUGUGUGCAUACCUGUAGGAAACUAAAUUGAUAUGUGUAUUUUUGUGACAGGGCGUGUAAAAUACAGGGGUAUUUUUACCAUUGCAGUUGUAGUCAAGUGCUUUCACAUCAAGUCACAAACACCCUUUCGUCCUAACUCAUUCCUCGAUAUUGCUUUGCCAUUUUGAAUCCCAUGUAGGUCGCAAUAUAAAGUGAGUUAUAAUUGAAUAUGGAUAUAACUGGAUAUGACUUGUUUGUAUAUAAUAGCAGCCAUUUUCUAGUGAUCACUCUUUAAUGUACAGUGUUCAAACUUGAUGUACAGUCUUCAGACUUGACUAUAAAUCUGUAUAUUUAUGCAAGAUGUUUGAUAAAAGUCUGAUAAUGGAUCAUGUAUAUGCUGUGUUUGAUGUACAGAUUAUGCAGAAUCGAGGCAAUAUUUAUCAUCGGAGUUGACAUGGCCAGAAAGAUACUGUCGAUCUAGAGACAGUUGAAUGCAAAAUGAUGUAUUGGGUUGUCGAAUAUGUUGCUUGCAACGGGCUUGAAUGGAAGGAAGCCACUUUCAAAGUUGUGUGCUUUUUGCUCCUUUUAUUGAGCAAACCUGAUAAAAGUUUGUGAGUUUGUAUAUCACUUUGGCUCUCCAGCCUGUGUAUACUUAGCAAGGUUUAAUUUGUAAUGUUAUGACUUGAGUUGAGAAGGCUCAGAAAUAAAAUAUCACUUUACAUUUUUGUGUAUCGUUCAAAGAGGUACAUUCCCAUUUUAUUGCCAAGCAAGUAAAAUAGUCAAAUAUUUUUUUAUAGCUUUGAUGAACAAUUUGUUUAGAACAUAACUCCAUAUAUGUAUUAUCAAAAUGAUUUGUUUCACUGCCAAAAGUUUUGUUCUUCUACUUGUAUUCAUCAAGAAAAUAUCACUGCAUUUUGCACUUAUGGAAUGUUCAGAAGACUGGUAAUGUGAUAGUUUGUUACUGAAAUAGCACAUUUAACACAUCUACAUGUGUAUUUAAUCUGGAUUCUACAUAAAUAUUCGGUAAUUGGCGUCGGCCAAGUUGUCUAUCAUUUGAAGAAUCAGCUUAGGGCAAAUAGAAACACAUUGAUUACAUUAAGCAUUAUCUAUGUAUUUUUAUCCCACAUCUCCCAUAUCUCGGCAGAUGUUCACCUGAAUUAAAAUUAGUGAGACAAUAACUAAUUUCUCAGAGUUUUACCAGCCAAUAUUAUUUCAACCAUGUAAAGUAGGCAGUUCUUAUGUCUACUUAAAUUUUUUUAAAUGGGCACUUAUGAUGUGAUUUACACAAGUCUAUCCCAACAUUGCGGAUACAAUUUCUUUAUGUGAACUGAAUUACAACAAUUCAAAGCAUGUGACUUGAGUAGUUCAUCACAAGUGAAAAUACACCCAAUGAAUUUGAAUCUGUACAGGAUCUAGAUUUAUUUUCUUCAAGUAUUUUGAAGUUGCAUUAUGUUGAGGAAGGGAAGCUUUACUGCAACAGCUCUUCUCCAAUUCUCCAUCCAUGUAUAAUGUGUGCAAUGAUGUGUUGAAGUGUUUGGCGAAAUAGUUUUGAUUGAUUUUAUAGUUUUGUUUUGUUUUCUUUGUGUUUGGUCACGAUGCGUGUGCCAGAUUUGUGAUAGAAUUGCAUCAUGAGGUGUUUCAAGGACAGUUGACCAUCUGAUUGUGUUGAGUAAUAUCUUGCUGAUUUGCAAAGGGAAGAGGAAAUAAGGAAAUAAGGAAUACAAGAAUGUUGCUAAAAGAACAAUCACACAACUCAAUGAAACUCCAUAAAUUGACAUCAUGAUGGUGUCUAAAACAAGGAAUUUCGCUCCGUCAAGAAAAGAAAAAAAAUCUUUUUCUCACGUCAAAAGCACAAUUUAAAAGAUGUCUUGGAUGUUUUGAACAUCUGCAGUUUACCAUUUAUGAGAAAAAGCUAAUCACUAACUGUGCUACAUGUAUUUAUUAUGCACCUCCUUUUUCAUUGUCUUUUUUACAUACGAGAAAAUUCCAAGCUGCUGAAAAAUUCAAAAAUAUGAAAAAUCAUGUCUCUUUAUUCAGGAGUGUGGCUAGAAAUACAACAUAAAAUUGAAAAAAUAAGUAUUGGGGGAAAUUUUGAACAUUUUUGCCUCAGCCGUUACUUAAAUGAGUGUGCAAGUCAUCUAAAACUUGCCUAAAAUAAAUAUGUAUUUCAAAUAUUGUAAAGUGUACCUCAUUUUGGUUGUGCCAGUAUAUGUCAUUUAACAUAAUCAUGGGUCAUAAACUUAUAGCACUGCAAGCAUAAAUCAACAAGCCUGAUGUAUAAUACAUUGAUCAAAUGUAAAUGCAUAUAUUUUAACCUUCCCAUUGAUCCAGAAACAAAAUUAUAAAUGCAAAGUCUUUUACAUGUGCUCACACUUUCUGAUCGUUGGUCAUCGGAUAAGAGUGUAUUUAUUUCAUUCAUCUUUCGUAAAGAACAUUACAAGGUUAACAAAUUCAUCUUGUAACAGACUUGAUAGUUCUGAACAUUAAUAUUCCUUUUGUAUCUUGUUUUCUAUUUCUUUGGUAUCUUGUUUUCUAUUUAUUUUGUAUUUGUUUUCUUAUCUUUUGUAAGCUUAAUUCUUUUGAAUUCAAGAUUAUGUGAAUAUGUAAUCUAAAUCAUUGUAUUCAUACCUUUGUACUGAUCUUUUAUAAUUAAAGGAGAAAUUAAUAUAUAAUGAGUUUGUCAAAUGAAUGAGGAUUGUUUCGGUAACGGUUAAUUGUAAGAACAUGCUAUAUCGUGUACUUAUUAACAAGUUUUAACAAUUCAAUGUAGGUGUGUCAUAAAUUACUACCUAUGUUCUAAAGCAGACUGAACAGAUGUAUGGCUGUUACGUACCACAACCACAAGUCAAGGAAAUAUUUCUUACAUAGGUUUAAGUAAGCACUUGAAGCUUAGACUUUACACUUAUUGAUUAUUUUAACUUGAAAUACACUGUAUAUUCUAAAACAGCACUGCAGGUUGUCGGUAAGUCUGCUGUCCAUAACAUUAUUUUCAAUGAACAGGGCAUUAAUGAACAGGGCAUUUAAAAACAGUCUUAGCCAAUUGUAUGGCAUGGCACAUGUUUAUAAAUUAUUAAAAAUAUAAAUAAGACAUUUGAUAAUAUAUUGAUUACUGUUGAAAUUAUGAGGAUUUAAUUUUAUUUGUAUCCCGUAAAAAUUAUGCAUGUUUAAAUAAAUCUUUUAAUAGGAAAUAUUUUGAUCAGUUUCCAAUACUUGUAUUCCUUUGUAGUAUUAGUCUUUCACACAAACUUUCUAGUUUUUCCCCACUUGUCAGUGAUGUAUUGUUAUUCUCUUCUCAUGAUGCAAUUAUGUUAUUUAUUUGGAGGUUUUUGUACAUGCAUGUCAAAUGGAAACUUUUUUAAUCUAGUGUUUGCAUUAAAGUUCAAAAUAAAAAGAAAUAAUGGCACAUUUGUAUGUAUUCAUUGUUCUGACGUGUUAUCAACAUUCAAGAUGCAGUAUUUAAAUAGUCCGUCGUUACCA